AUGCAGGAAAUUGAGGUACCCUUGUACCUACACGCAGAGUUCCUCCCCAACAUCCGCCAAAUAACCCUUUACGUCUCCCUCCCAGGACGACCAGAAUUGAACAACAUCCGACCAAAAGUCCAAAUCUCAGAAUCACGAAAAGCAGUAACAGUGUCACUACCAACACCUUUUCAGAAUGUGGUUGAGACGAUUAAAUUGCCAGCGCGUGUUAGUGACGCGUCUCGGCGCGCUUUGAAUGCCACUGUUUCUGCUGGCCCUGCAGCAAAUGCAGCAUCUAGAUCUGACUCUGACUCAGCUAGCGGAAGCUAUGAUUAUUCUUUUCGAAUGCAGGUUGAUCCUAAUGAAGAGGCGCUGGCGCCUCAGGAUGAACUGAUUGAUGAUUUUGUGCCGUGGACUGCCGUGGAGAUGUCGUUAUCAACGAGGAUUCGGUGUCGGGAAUGUGCGACGCUGUUUCUAAGUUCUCCUCCUAGUCAUAUCCAUGGGGAUGCAAGUCAACACGCUGAUCCGUCGGCGUCUAUCACAGGCUGGGUAUGGAAAGAUCUACCCAGUGGAAACUGGGCUGAGAUGAUGGAUUUCUGGCAUUGUCAUAAACCCGAUCCCCAUGAGGGUCAUGAAAAAGAUGAAAAGGAUGUUGCGCUUCAAAUUGAAGAUCAACACGCCCAGACUAAGGGGUAUGGAGCCGAUAGUCAGGUCGUGGCUAUCCCGGGCACGGUUCUUAUUGACGUUGCUACUUUCCUUCUUGCUGAAUCAGACUGCACGGGAUUGAAAAAGGGCAACGAAGAAGAACAAAAAUCAACCCCCCAACCUUCCAAACCCACAACCCAGCCCCAAAGAACCCUCGACUGCAAAACCUGCAACGCAACAAUCGGCCUAGAAGACCCCAUCGCCAACGGAUGGCGCCUCCUAAAAGCAAACGUAUCAUUAAACACCGCCCCAUCCACCUCCUCCAAUCCACACACCCGCGAAUGGGAAUCCCAACAAACAGAAAAAAUCAUCGCCGCCCAAUUACUCGAGCUAAUCGAACGAGAAAGCGCACGACGUUUCGUCGUCCAUUAUGGCCAGAAGACCGGUCUAGUUCUCUGGGUCUUCAACCCAGACAUGCGCUACUCCAAUUCCAAUUCCAGCUCCGGCGUGAGUAUAAUGGCUCAGCAGGCUAUGAAGGUCUUCUAUCGGGAAUGCGCUGAUGUGGACGCAUUACUGCACCCCGAGAUUGGGAAUCCUUCUCCGUUGUCGGUUGAGGAUUUGGAGUUGCCGUCUAUGAUUUUUGAGGCUUUGGAGGCUGCGCUUCGGGGGAGUAAUUCUCUGCUUCCUGUUUCGGCGAGGAGGUUUGCCGAGUGGGAGGUUGGGGUUUUGGGGAGAUUUCGGAGAGCGAGGCUUGAGUUGUAG